AUGGUAGAUCACGCAGCUAAACCAGGUGAUCAACCAAACAAUACAGAUAAUGGCAUUAACGAGGACGAGAAUGAGGAGCUAAUAACACAAUUAAUUGCACCAGGUGUACAAAGAAACUUAGAACAGGAGGUAAUAUUGGGAUUUUCUGUGAAUAUUAUUGCAUAUCCAUUAAUCCUCCUCUAUUUUAUAAUUACAUUUGCAUAUGUCACUAGGAAGGUCGUACCAUAUCAGUUUAUUGAUGAAAGAUUUCAUAUCGAACAAACUAUCACAUAUAUAAAAGGUAAUUGGUUCCAAUGGGAUCCUAAAAUUACAACACCACCAGGUCUAUACAUUUUAGGUUGGAUCAAUUAUCAUAUCGUAAGACCAAUCUGCAAAUCAAUGUCGACAUUAACUAUAUUAAGAUUAGUGAAUUUAAUAGGUGGAACAAUUAUUUUACCAUUUGUAGUAUUAAGACCAUUAUUCCUCUUUAAUGCAAUUGGAUUUUGGCCUGUUUCAAUGAUGUGCUUUCCUUUAAUGGCAACAUAUUACUACCUAUACUAUACUGACGUGUGGUCUACUAUCUUCAUCAUGGAAUCCCUAACAUUAGCUUUGACAAUGCCAUGGGGACUAUCUCGUAGCAUAUGGCUGAGUGGUGUAAUGGCGGGAUUGAGUUGUGUUUUCAGACAGACAAAUAUCAUAUGGAAUGGGUUUAUUCUGAUUGUCGUAAUCGAAAGAAGAGCUAUCAUAUCUAAGCAAUUUACUACACAUUCUCUUAAUAAUUAUUUAAAAGUAUUUAUUACUGCGAUUGAGGACUUCAAUGAAUUAGUACUACCUUUCUUUAUUAAUUUUGUUGGUUUUGUUGUAUAUCUAAUAUGGAAUAGGUCUAUCACUUUAGGGGAUAAAUCAAACCAUUCAGCUGGUUUACAUUUAGUACAAGUGUUUUAUUGCUUUAUGUUUAUUCUGUUUUUCAGUGUACCAAUAUGGUUCUCUAGAAAUUUUGUCAAAUCUUACAAGAUAAGAUGCCAAACAAGACCAGUGAGAACAAUUUUCGAAUUAUUACUAAUAAUGCUUAUUAUUCGUUACUUCACAAAGAUUCAUCCAUUUUUAUUAGCAGAUAAUAGACAUUACACAUUCUACUUAUUCAAGAGAUUGAUUAACAGCAAAUAUAGAUUGAUUAAAUACAUCUUUUUCUCCGUGGUUUAUCAUUUCUCUACAUUCAGUUAUAUGGAAUUAAUGAGACCGAAUGAGAUGUCAUUCCAUCCAAUCAUGCCUUUACCAAUAAAGGAUUCCAUCUUAUUACCAAUACAAUUAACCCAUAUUUCAUGGACUGUAUUAAUAUUAUGUACCAUAGUGACUAUUGUACCAUCCCCACUAUUCGAACCAAGAUACUAUAUUCUACCGUACAUAUUUUGGAGAAUAUUUAUUACAUGUAACGCAGAACCAAUAUUUAAGAAAUUAGUACCAGCAGGACCAGAUGAAAUUCCAGUGACUAUAAGUUCUACAGGUAGACUUUUGUGGGAAUUAUUAUGGUUUAUGUUGAUCAACGUCGCCACUUUACUUGUAUUUAUUCUUCAUCCUUUCAUUUGGACCGAUGAAUCUUUCUUGCAGAGAAUUAUUUGGUAA